AUGAUGUUCCACCAGCUGAUGCGUUCACAUGGGACGCUUUGGGCGGCGACGCAGGUGACGAAGGAGAAGCUAGACUACAACUUCAUUCGGGAGGAGAUUAUGCGGUCCAAUGGGCGACGUUCUAUGCCGCUUCUCGUUGGCGCCGCCGCGGAGGAAAAUCUCCAUCAGCUGCACCUAACACACUUAACGGAGCACUGUGCGUGGGGUGAGAGCGCGAGAGCCUGCGCUGUUCACCGCCAAACGCCGCUCUCGCAGCAUAUCGCAGCGAUGGGCCGGAUGGCAGAGACAAUUCAUCAGGCCAAAACUGGCGCCACAGUGCAGAGUCUUGUCAAUGAGCAGCUGGCCCACAUUGAUGGUAUUAGCUCCUUUGAGGAGGAACCACUGCUUGAGGAUGGAGAUUGA